AUGUCUCUCCUUACCUACUUUGCCCUAGGCUUAAUUGGCCUCUAUGUCGUGAAAUACUUCCUUCCAGUUGCUCGCAGAAAGGAUUUCCCAUCGUUGCCACCAGGUCCCCCAUCGAAGCCUAUCAUCGGCAACUUACUGGACCUGCCUCCAGCCGAUUCGCAGGACUGGCAGCAUUGGCUAAAACAUAAAGAACUCUAUGGUCCCAUCAGCUCGGUCACGAUAUUCGGCCAGACCCUCAUCAUUAUAAAUGCGCAUCACAUAGCAGUUGAGCUCAUGGAAAAACGAUCGGCACUACACUCUUCGCGACCAUAUCUACCAAUCGCCGAAAUAACUGGAUGGAAGGAUACGCUCGGCCUUCUGCCAAACUCUGGCCGCUUCCGGGCGUAUCGCAAAGCUGCCCAUCGAGAGAUGGGUACCGCCACGGCAGUCUCUAAGUACAAUGGCAUUCUGGAUGCUGAGUCCCAUCGGUUCUUACUCCGAGCGCUUCGUGAACCUGAAAGUCUCAUUGGACAUAUACGGAAAGAGUCGGGUGCCGUUAUCUUAAAAAUUGCAUACGGUUAUACCAUCGAACCGCAUGCAAGUGACCCUCUGGUCGACCUUGUGGACGAAGCCAUGGACGACUUCUCUCAACUUGUGCUUCCUGGAGCUUGGCUGGUAAACUUUGUUCCCUUGCUGAAUAACCUACCAGAGUGGUUUCCCGGUGGCGGUUUUAAACGGACUGCGAAGGCCUACAAAGAACGGGUAAUGGCCAUGAACGACGCUCCAUAUGAAUUUGUGAAAAGACAAAUGGCACGCCAAGAGCAUUCGCCCUCUUUCGUGUCCAACCUGCUAGAGCAGAGCAAUGUAGAACCGGGCUCUGAAGAGGAGAUUGUGGUGAAGUGGACGGCUGGUGCGCUUUACGGUGGAGGGGCUGAUACCACCGUCUCUGCUCUUACCUGCUUUUUCAUGGCCAUGACAUUAUAUCCCCACAUCCAGAAGAAGGCGCAGGAGGAAAUCGACCAAGUAGUGGGCACAAGUCGCUUGCCGAAUCUCGAAGACCGUGACAAGCUGCCUUACAUUGAUGCGCUGGUCCAGGAAGUCCUCCGAUGGCACCCUGUCACACCACUUGGAGUGACCCAUGCGUCCACCCAAGAUGAUAUCUAUAAUGGCUAUCUCAUUCCCAAAGGCUCGAUCAUUGUUCCAAACAUUUGGGCUUUCACCCAUGACCCAAGUCUAUACCGUAGCCCGAUGGAUUUCAACCCAGAACGCUUCCUUAGCGCGGACGGACAUACGCCUGAAUAUGAUCCACGUUUGCUUGCGUUUGGAUUUGGACGUCGUAUCUGCCCAGGACGACUGUUGGCUGAUGCGAACAUUUAUCUGACUAUAGCUCGAUCUCUGGCUGUGUUCAACAUCACGAAAGCUGUGAUAGAUGGGCAGGAAGCUCCUGUUAAUCCCAAGUUCCUGACGGGAAUUAUUAGCCAUCCCGCUCCAUUCGACCUCAGCAUUAAGGUGCGCGGUUCGAGACAUAAGGAACUUAUACAGGAAGUUGAAAAGGAGCACCCAUGGGGAGAAAGCCAUGCAGCGGAGAUUUCAUUCCACAUAAAGUAG